CAACACACACGUCGGAUAUAUUUCAAUGUGUAUUUGCCACACAACAUUCAAAUUUUGUUAUUUAAGAUAUCAUUCUCAUCAUAUUUUCCAAGGAGACCAUGCAUACCGUGAGUGGCAAGAAUCUAAGCACCGAAGAGUUGGAGGAAGUAAGCAAAUGGAUGAUGCAAAAUAGUAUUAGUACUCAUAGGUUACGUCGCGAAUUCUCCGAUGUUUUGCCACUGGCCGAAAUCUUCAAACGCGACUACCCACGCCUCGUCGAUCUUUAUAACUAUCCGAAGAAGAGCAGUGUGCAGCUGAAGCUGGCCAAUUGGGAGACAUUCAACUUCAAGGUGCUGUCCAAGUUCAAUAUGACCCUGAGCAGGGAUUUUAUGGAGCAAAUGGCGAACGGUGUUAGCGGGGCGGCUGAAGUGCUUUUGCACGAGGUGAUUCGAUUGGAGAAGCGACAACGCGUGGCUCAGGAGCGAAAUGCGGCCAUGCGGCAGGAACAGACGUGGAAGGAGAAUGAUGAGGUGAAAACUGUUGUGGUUAACAAGCAAGUUGGCGAUGGCAUCGUUCAGGUGCCACAGAAAAUGAUUCUAUACUCGCUGUACGAGAAAAUGGCACGUGACAGUCAGGCGAAGGACGUUAUCAUCGACGCCUAUCAACAGCGAUUGGCCCACAUGGAGAGUAUUAUAAAAAUCAAAACGGAACGGAUCGAUGAACUUCUAAUGCAGAUGGGAAAGCUACCUCAAAAGCGAAAUUUAACUACUGCUGGUGGUGGUGGCAAUGCAUCCACCACUUGUUUCUUCGCAUUCGAUGGCAAGGAUCCCAGACAAUCGCAGAUAUCAUCUGCCGAUCCAGACAGUAGCACCUAAUGAGCCUAAUGCCAUCAUCAUGUAUUCACUUUGAUAAAGUUAUUUAUUGUUAGAUUAUGGAACCAAAUUACCGAUUACAGCUGAAAUAGAUUAAGAAACCAAUGAAGUGGCAAUCUAUAUUUAAUAAU